CUACCAGCACGGAGUUCACGGCUAUGCGGGUUUCAACAUUUUAAGCCAGCAUGCCCUCCCCCACUUUUCUUAAAAUUCCCUCCGACCUGAAAAAUAAAAUUAGGGUUUGGGACGAAGAGUAAUGGUCAGUCGCGAGAACGAGUAGGAGAAGAAGGGACGACCACUGCAUGAAAACCCUUGGAGCGAGUGCCUACUAAUUCCUAGGGUUCAUGUUCGGCGAAGAUUUCAUGUCUUAUGAAUGGAGAUUUCCUCUGUUUUUGGCAUCGAUGUCUCGUCGCAGCCUUUCGUUGUAGCCGCAACAGUUACUGCGCUUUGUUUUCUGCUCGCUUUCUUCUCUGUUGUCAGAUCAUUCUCACUCCCCUUUUCCCUCAAGACUUUCAAAUCAUCAAUUCACUGUGACGGCUUUGCCGCGAGGAAGUCUUGCAACUGCGCUUGUUCUUGCAACGGUAGCGUUGUAAAUUCAGAUUCUCCAUCCACAAGUGCUCUGUCCUACUUGAACGGUGGCGGGGCUGAAAUGUUGGAGGCCACGCCCACUCCGGCUCCGACACCGACACCUACCCCGACCCCGGUUCUGUUGACAGACCGACGAACCGGUGCGUCAAUGAUGGAGAAUUUGGUUCCGGAGAUUACAACCCAUGCUCUGAGUUACUUGGAUUAUCCGAGUUUGUGUCGCCUCUCAAUGACUAAUUCUUUGAUGCGGAAGGCUGCAAAUGAUGACAAUGCAUGGAAGGCGUUAUAUCACAAGGACUUUACAUUGGAACAAGAUAGUGUUACACCGAUUAAUGGGUGGAAAGCUUACUAUGCUGUCACAAGAGCGAUUGUGAAUAUUAAUAGAGAAUUCUACAACAUUGUCAGAGAGAAGUCUCUUCCAGCCAUGAGUCGUUUUUGGCUGAAUGCAGAUUAUGUGAAGUGUAUUCAUGCUUCAGGAGAACUAUUUUCAGGGUAUAAUGCAGUAAUGCAGAGUUGGCAGCUUGCUUUUAAUUGGGAGCAAGGAUUGAACUUUCAGGUGCGGGAUGUACGCGCUCGGGUCUUGACAGACAUGGCUUGGGUUACCAUGAAAACAUAUGUUGACAUGGAUACGGGUCCAUUCAAUGUGACCAACGUCUUUGAGUUUCAUAACGGCCGCUGGUAUAUGGUUCAUCAUCACAUGGAUGGAGGAGUAGAGCAACAUAUUGUACCUGGAUAAACAAGUGAGACAAGAGAUGAUGCCAUUGUUUAGCCAAGAUACUAGUGACAAAAGGUGGUUUUGAUUCGCAGAAGAAAAUAUGAUUGAAAUUUUCGUGAUUACUUCGGUGAAGAUCCUUUUUAGUUUCCCAUCUCUAUUUCGAUUGCAUACUGUAUAUAAGACAAAGAAGUCCCAAUUGCAAUGGCUCAAGAAAAAAAUUGUUAUAAUUACAUUAAGCACAUGGAAGUACGAGACAAGAGAUGGACGUAAAAAGAAAGAUAUGAUGAAUGAGGAUGAGUUGGCAUCUGAAGCGAGGGCUGUUAUUUGUUAAUAUAUAGAGGGCGAGCCUUAGUCGAAGGCUCGAAGCAUGAAGCAUUCCAUUAUUGCCGUGCCCCCUUGUGGGAGUAGCACCGUACAUUUUUGACUGUGACCCCUUAUUAUUAUUAUUAUUAUUAUAACCAAAUGAUUUAA